UUGAUAUGUAAUGGAGGAAGAGCUGCACAUUGAAGGCAACCUGUUGAAAGUGGUGAAAAUCUUACAUUCAAGGAAAUUCUAGGGCGCUGUGUUGACUCGUGUUAUACAGGUCUUGAUUUGACAGUUGAGGUUGGUGUGAGGAUUCAGGGUGGCUAUUGCUGCGGAGCGAAGAACUUCCAGUAUCAAGCUGUGUUUCCCCUUCCAAAAAACUCUGCCAAUCGACUCCAGCUGUCAGCCGCACAAUGGGGUGCUGCGCUUCGUCACCCGCUGCUUUGGAAGGGGCGAAAGAUCCAGCUCAUACAAGGGCGAAGCCCCCUGACAAGGAGCUACAGGUGCUCAAGAUCAAGAAGGAAGAUGCAAAGAGGCGGGAGCAGCAUUGGAAGGUGACAGGGAUUGUGGGCCUGCGAAGUAACAAUCUGAAGGCUCUCCCGAAGGCAGUCCUGGACCUCGGGCCACAUGUUCGAACGCUGGAUGCAUCUGACAACAAGAUUGGCAAGCUGCCCCCAACCAUUGGGAUGCUUACCCAAUUGACCCGUUUGAUUCUGCAGCAGAAUCAGCUCACUGUUCUCCCGCCGGAGAUUGGCCAGCUCGUGCAGCUUCGAGUGCUUCAAGUCGACAGGAACCAGCUCAGCGCUCUGCCAGAUGAAGUUGGGCUGCUACAAAAGCUCGAAAAGCUGACGGCUGCUGGGAACAAGAUGACGUCACUUCCAGUGGCUGUCGGCCAGCUGAAGGCGCUAGUUGAGCUUGACGUCAGCAAGAACAGGCUGACCUCGCUCCCGCCCUCACUCAGCGGGUGCGCAUCAUUACAGGAACUCAGGGCUCCAGCAAAUGAGUUGAGCGCCCUUCCGGACGAGUUGUCAGACGCCACCGAGCUGCGGACGUUAGACCUGGACGGCAACCCCCUCUCGAAAUUGCCGUCCGACUUACUAAGAGGGUGUGGAAAGCUGCACACGUUAUCGGCCCACGGGACUUCCAUCCGAGUGGAAGACUUGGAAAAGCUGGAAGGCUAUGCAGCUUUCGAGGCCCGACGACAGGGUAAAUAUACAAAGCAGCUGGCGGGGAAUGCAAUGGGAAGUAAGAGAGGUUUCGAUGAAGGAGUGGACCGGGACUUGUACAAGUUUCCUGGGUCGCGGUAGUUUGUGUUAGCACUGAUUUAUCAGGACAUAGAUUCGUUAAAAAGGGCUCCGAGAUAAUUCUGCUGUACAGGUUCAUUUCCAAGAGUUGAUUGUCGGGUUAUAAAGUGUCCCGUUGCGAAGCAACCAGUCGCGUUUGCUUAUGUUUGUUAGAGUGCAGUGCUGAACCCCUCCAAGUAGGUUGUCAAAGAGAAAACUGUGUCAAAUAGCUAGCAGUAUGGUCAGCAGAUGUGAAGAUCUCCAUCUGAACAUUCCAAGCCUUGGGUUGAUCGUUCAAAUGAAACCAAUGCAGUACAGUGGAAUAAGACGCACGGCGAUAUGCUGCAUUCCUCCUCAAACUGCAUGUAGCGGAUGCGCACG